CACACGCACCGGAGGCCGUCAGAGCGCACUGACUCUCCAAACACACACACACACACACACACACACACUCUCUCUCUCUCUCGCGCGCUAAAGAGACCAGCAUCUUCCUCCUCCUCCUCAUCUUCCCAUCACCGCGUGCACGAGCGUUCAGCAUCAUCACUGACAGCAGCGCGAGGGAUUCUCACACAAUGAAAGAAACGCGCGCAGCUUCAUCUGAAGGUGGCGUGUGAUGUAGAGGAGAACAGCACACGACUGUCUUAUAUGAUGUGCAUCGAUCAGAGACACUGUGUGGUGUUCUCCAGCUUGCCGUGAUCAGAAGUGUCUGUCGUUCUCCCGCUCCGUUCUGUGAUGAUGUCGCGGUACCAUCAGCGUUUUGAGCGGGAUUUCCGCAGCGUGUGGGAGCGGAGGGAGCGCUGCGGCUCCAACAGCGGCUGCGGUGGCACCGUUAACGGCUGCGUCUCCACCUCUGCCUCCUCCAUCCCAAACAACCGUCCCGGCCUCCUGCCCUUGCCUGUCAUCCCCUCACUGCUGCCCACCCCGGUCACCGGAGCAUCCAGCACGGCCAAUAACGAGCUGAGCUGCAAGCGAUUAGCCUCCACCUGCACCACCUCAGUGACUAAGGUCUCUGGGCACCCGUCGGCAGACACGCAGACUCAGGGCCAGGUCCUGGCUAAUAGUGUCCGGUGGGGACAAACACCCAUUAACCAGUCCACGCCCUGGGACACAGAUGAGCCGCCCGCAAAACAGAUGAGGGAGAAAGAUAUCACAGCUCCUCUAUGGCCACCACAAGUUGCUGCGGCUGUCAGCCAGGCUGGACUCUUGGCACACACAUACGCCCUUCAGCAACCACCCGUUUACAGCCAGGGUGUGACCGUCCAAGCACCCAUCGUCGGUGUGACCCCGGCACUCCAAACCCCACAUCCACAAUUACCCACACACUACCAACUCCCACAGCAGCCUUCACAGCCAAUGACCAACAUGGUCCUCAACAUCCAGAGCCAAUCCCUCACCAUCGGUGGCCUGCCUCCAAUGCCCAACGUCUGCCAGAUCUCCCAUCCUGUCCACACGGUGGUGGGCAACGGCCACUUGACGCAUCCCAUGGUGCAAUCCGCCACCAUGAGCUCUUCGGCGCUGCCCACCAAUGGGGCACUAAUGAACGGCCAGCAGGAAAGCACCAACAACGGCCUGCAGAUGCUGAGAACGGUCGGAUUGGGGAAAUACGAAUUCACCGACCCCUGGCAUCCCAAAGAAAUGUUGAAGGAAUUGAACCAGCAGCGGCGAGAGAAAGAGUUUACAGACCUGAAAAUAAUUGUUGAAGGCAAAGAGUUUGAAGUCCAUCAAAAUGUUCUAGCUUCCUGCAGCUUGUAUUUCAAGGACAUGGUGAAAAGGUUAUCGGGAGAGAACAGAAACGGUGAGAAGAUGCAGCUGACAAUGAGCAACAUCAGUUCAGAGGUUCUGGAGCUUCUCCUGGAGUUUGUUUACACCGGCUCCCUCAUUAUCGACUCGGCCAACGCCAAGACCUUACUGGAGGUGGCCAACAAGUUCCAGUUCAACACUUUUUGCAAAGUCUGUGUCUCCUUCCUCGAGAAACAGCUGACGGCUGCUAACUGUCUGGGAGUGUUGGCCAUGGCCGAGGCGAUGCAGUGCACCGAACUCCACAACAUGGCAAAGGCCUUCGCCCUGCAGAACUUCCCCGACGUGGCCGGUCAGGACGAGAUCCUCAACAUUUCCAAAGAAGACCUGGUCAGUUACAUGUCCAACGACAGCCUGAACACGAAAGCAGAAGAGCUGGUCUACGAGACGGUCAUCAAAUGGAUAAAAAAGGACCCCAGCAGCCGAGUGCAGCAUGUGUCUGAGCUGUUGGCGGUGGUACGGCUUCCGUUCAUCCAUCCCAGCUACCUGCUGAAUGUGGUGGACAACGAGGAGCUGAUCAAAUCUUCAGAGGCCUGCAGAGACCUGGUGAAUGAAGCCAAGCGCUACCACAUGCUGCCACACGCCCGCCAAGAGAUGCAGACGCCCAGAACUCGCCCGCGACUGUCUGCCGGUGUCGCUGAGGUGAUCGUGCUGGUGGGGGGGCGCCAGGUCAUCGGCAUGAACCAGCGCUCGCUGACAGCCGUCACUUGCUUCAACCCUCAGAACAACAAGUGGUACCCCCUGGCCAGCCUGCCUUUCUACAACCGCGAGUUCUUCUCCGUCAUAUCGGCGGGGGAUAAUAUCUACCUGUCAGGUGGCACUGAGUCUGGAGUCACGCUGGCAGACGUGUGGUGCUACAUGUCCCUGCUGGAUAAUUGGAAUCUGGUGUCACGGAUGACAGUCCCGCGCUGCCGGCACAACAGCGUGGUGUACGACGGCAAGCUUUACACCAUCGGAGGACUCGGAGUGGACGGGAACCUGGAUAAUGUGGAAAGGUACGACACCAUCACUAACCAGUGGGAGAUGGUGGCUCCUUUGCCCAAACCUGUCCAUUCUGCGGCGGCGACUGUGUGUGGAGGGAAGAUCUAUGUGUUUGGAGGAGUGAACGAGGCCGGCCGCUCUGCUGGAGUACUUCAGUCAUAUGUGCCUCAAACCAACGCCUGGAGCUUUAUUGAGUCGCCCAUGAUCGAUAACAAAUACGCUCCUGCUGUGACUCUGAAUGGCUAUAUCUUCAUCCUGGGAGGAGCGUAUGCCAGAGCCACCACCAUCUACGACCCUGAGAAGGGAAACAUCAAAGCAGGACCCAACAUGAACCACUCCAGACAGUUCUGCAGUGCGGUGGUCCUGGAUGGGAAGAUCUAUGUGACCGGUGGCAUCGUGAGCAGCGAGGGUCCAGCGCUGGGAACCAUGGAGGCCUUUGACCCCUGUACAAACGUGUGGACGCUGCAGCAGAGCAUGCCCUGCCCGCUCUUCAGACACGGCUGCGUGGUUAUUAAGAAGUACAUUCAGAGCGGCUGACGCUGACACAGGCCAACACGACUCCACCGUCUCCUGCACACCGGACACCCACUUUCACAACACGGCCAGGAUUAGCAGUGCUGAUCCCGAAGCUGCGCUCACUUUCUGACACCCACUGGGAAUGUAGAAGCUAAUCAUUUCUGCCGGGCGCAAACGGGCCUUCGUGUAAUAUAGCGCACCUGACAGAGCUGUCCUUGAUGUGUGUGUGUGUGUGUGUGUCGUGGCUCUAGCCUUAAUGCUCUGUGGCCAUUCGGAUUGAACUUUUUUACACAAUACCUUUUUAUCUUCAUUUACAGAGUUCACUAGGUUUUUGCAUUGCCACCGUUUUAAUGUUUGCAUUACUUUCAUUCUUCUUUCUUUGAGCAAUACUGUAAAAUCACAGCGUCUGGUUUCAAUAAUCCAUGUGAUGAUGGUUCACUCAGUCGUAUCGCUUUUUCACCAUCUCCAUUUGAAAGCACUUUUUAAUAAUGUAGGGAAGACAGAGUUGUCGAACAAGCACUGAAACCUCAUGUGAUCGCUUCCAUAAGCUCCACCUUCUUUAGUUACUGUGGCUCACUCAGACAAGCACGUCCCUGCAGAUUUCAGUGCAAUUGUUAGUAAAAUGAAUUUGUGAAGCGGUGAAAUGGAUUGGAUGUUAUUCGUACGUGGGCUGGAAUGAAGCGUGGAUCUUUUAUCUGCCGUUUUGGAUCCGAAACUGAUAAAUUAUGCAGUAACGUGAUUAAAAAUGGCAGAGACUGUGAACAGAGGCUGCCAAAUGCUUCUCGCAGUCACCGAAAAGAGAAAAGCAAUCACGGCUGAUCACAUUAGUGUAAGUGAACACAGCUAGUUACCACCGCAGAUACUAUAUCAUCUGAAUUAAUAUGCACAGAAAAUGACAUGCACUGCAAAAAAUGUUCUUAGUUAGUAUUUUGCCUGGUUUUCUUUAUACAAUCAUCUAAUGAUUUAAAUUCAAGAUACGUUUACUUUGCCAGGAAAAUGACUAAAGUCUUGUUUUCUGAAAAAAUAAAAAUUAUCUGUCAGUGCAUGGGUCAGAAAAAUAAACGUAAUUAAAAGGGGAAACAAGAUUAUUUUUCUGACCUCACUGCCAGAUAUUCUUGUUUCAAUCAAAAACUCACUAAGUUUAAUUAAUACUUUUUUUUCGAAAAAUUAUUUUAUGCCAUUUUGAAUCUAAUGUAAAUAUUAAGAAUGUUUAGAUAUUUAUACUAGAAAACAAGAAAAAAUAUUAAUAAAUAUGUAUUUAUUUAAUACAUGAAUCUUGUUUUCCAGUUAAAAUAUUUAAAAAUAUUUGAAACCAAAUAAAUUUAUGGUAACACUAUAGAAUAGGUAACACUAACUAUUAACAAGACAUUUCUCUCAAUAAAUUAUUAAUUUGCUGCUUAUUAAAAGUUAGCAGUUGUUAGGUUUAGGAAUUGGGCAAUAUUAGAGAUGUAGAGUAAGGUCAAGUAGAAUAAGGCAUUAAUAUGUUGCACUAAUACAUGGCUAAUAUUCUAGUAAUAUGCAUGCUAAUAAGCAACUAAUAGGUGUUACCUAUUCUAAAGUGUUACCAAAUUUACUAAAGCAACACUGCAUAAGUUAUUAGCACUAGUUUUUUGAGGUUGCAUCUUUAAUACGAGUGUAUUUUGUCUUAAUGCACUGCAUGUUUUUCACUUGUUUUAAGUAUAAACAAGUUAAAAACAAAUGGAAAAAUCAGCCAGUGCAGUAAGACAGAAUUCUCGUAUAUUAAAGAAAGAAUCUAUGAAAACCAUAUCUUAUGCAAUACCUUAUGCAGUGUGGCUUCUCAAGUAGACUUGUGACAAAUCAAAAAUAUUAAUUAAAAACCUAAGUUUUUUUUUUGCAAUUCUGGCUGACAUCUUACGUUAAUUUGGGAAUGAGGGCGACAGUAUAAUUUGUUACACAAGCUUUAUUUGAAGAUUUGAAAAAAGAAUUUAAAAUUAUUCAGACACACAGAUCCUCUAUAGGCUUAUGUUAGAAAGGAGCAAGAGCUUGUCUGAUUAUAUGGUACACGGCAACAGUUGCCAAGGUAGGACUGGCGAGGGGUCAAUUAUAAUCAGGCCUGGACAGAAUGUGUUUUUUGGAAGUCAACAUUAAAUCAAAAAUUACCCUGUUUAUUUAUUUAUUUUUCUUAGUGAAUGAUUCACUGUUGCACGUUAUUCUAGAGAAUCAACAAAAUUGGCUUUGUAUCUUUCAUCAAACUGGAAUAACUUGAAACAACCUUUGAAACUACUUUCCCUUUUUAUACUGGAAUUAAUUUUUUUUUUCUUUUUUUUAUCGAUGCUCUUAUCUUGUUUUUAUAUCUUGAAUUAUAUUUCUAUUUUCCUUUCCCCCGUUGGAAAGCAGUUUUAUCCUGUUUCAAGCAAAAACUUCAUUUUAACUUCAUUUUAGAGAGGUUUAUGCUUAAAACAAGAAAAAACAAAAGUCAACUGGGAAAGAAAAUGAAACUUAGUGCAAGAUAUAUUCAGUGCAAACGAGUCCUGUCCUUCAAACACCUGCCUCUAUUGUACACCAUCCCAUCAAUUUGUGAUAGAUGAAAUCAAGCAUACGUUGACAUUAAAAACUGUGAUGCAGAUUUUGAUUAUAACUUACAUCUGCACAACUUGACAUCUGGUAGGUUUAUUAUAAGAUACUAACCAAACACAGAAGACUAUAAUAAUUUGAGAUGUGUGAAGACCUUGCAUUUACAGGAAUUGAUGCCAUUUAAGACCUGUAAUCGGAGACAUCUUGAACCAGAAUCUGAAUUUGGGCUUGAACUGAACUGGAACUGAACUGAAAUGACAUUUGUAGCUUGAAUUUCUUUUCUUUUCUUUGGACCGUUUUACUUUUUUCUUGCACGCAGCCAAAGCACAAAACAUCUGAGACUCUGAAAGAGAACAGGAAGUGUUUGCCUUCAGUUCCUCUGCAUUGCCAAACCACCAAACGUGGACAUGCUGUCCGACAGGGAGCACGAUUCUCUGUACACGAAAGUAACUAAAGUUUAUUUUAGGACCUUUACAUGUCAACAGACUGUUUCUAGACAAAAUGUAUAUACUAUAGUAUGUUGAAGAAAUGUUAUGUACAAAACACAAGCUGUUAUCGUUUGAAUUAAUGAUCAUGUUUCAUCAUUAAUUAGAACAAUAACAUGUAUGCAAAAUACAAUGUACAUUCGUAAUGAAAGAAUCACGGGUCUCUUGUUUAUUUUGACUCUAAGUGUUGGGAAUCAAGUUGAGCUGUUUCAUUAAGUACAGUUUAAUCUGUUUGAUGAUAAAACAGUUCCCACAGAUGCAUGUUGAAUAAGGCCAUAUCUUAAGACCAGAAUAUCACUGGACUCUUUUCAGAUGAUGCACAUCUAUAAUCCACUCCAGACACCUUGAAAAUAACAACUAGAGACCAAAAUAUCACAAUAGACUUUUUUAAUUAAACUUGUUACACACCUAGCAACGGUUUGCAUUCAGAAAAUAAACACGUGUUGAAUAUCUUUGCCGCAGUAAAUUGGGAUUGACUUUCACCGGUGCAUGACGCACCUUUCAGAACAGUAGAGGUGAACGUGAAUUCCUCCCCCACCGCCUAUCCAAUAAUAAUAUAAGUUUUGAUUAUCAUGAUAAUGUAGGACGGUCUUAUCAUCAUCGCAGAUGUAUUAUAUUGGCUUAUGCCCUUAAGCCGUCACGCGGCAUGAAUAAAAAUGUGCCGUUGGCUUUGUGCCGGCUUUUGGCAUUCUCCAAAUGCUCCCUUCCAAUAUUUACUGAUGUGGAACAGUUCAUUUCCUCUAUGCUGUUGUAGCAGCCUCCCUCCCUCUCUUCUUCUCCAACAGCCUGCUGUCUAAAUGGCAUUAAAAAAGCCAAGCCAUGUGACUCUGUUCUGGCAGGAUCUGUAAACGCACACGGCAUCUUCCAGCCUCUGCACCUGUCUACCUCCAUCUCUUGCCACGAGCCGCCGGGCCCCUCCUUCAGAUAAUAUAUCGCCAUCCCAUCCAUCAAAAUCAGUUACCCAACCCCUUCUGGCAUUUAGAUAAACUAGGCCACCGUUCCUGGUUCUCAUAUCCUGUGGGUAUGUUCCCCAUGCUGCAAACUCGCUCUUUAUGCCUCGUUGUUUGUGUUGCUGUGUUCUGAUGUGGACCGGCGGAUUCACAUUAAACUUCUAGAACAGAUCUUGACAGUGUAAAAACAGGUAAAACUGUAAAAAGUUUUGAUAUUUUACCUCCCUCGUAGAGUCAUUUACUCUUGACUCAAUGCCACCUCUCGAAAACUUUAGUAGCCAGAAAACUUACAAAUGAGGAACGGUUUGGCCUGAUGUAUAAUGCUCUUUGUUUCCUGAGUUUCUUGAACUUUUCAUAAACUUUCUUCAUAAUCGUUUCAUGUUAUCUUGUUAUUUACAUACAUACA